CCUUCCCCCCUCCCUUCCCCCCCUCCCCCCCCCCCCCCCCCGGGGACCCGGGGGGCCCCCCCCCCCCUCCCCAACCUCCUCCAGCGGCCGGCGCGUGCCGCCCCCCCUCCCAACGGCUGCGGUGGCGGAGGCCCGGCGGGGCGCCCAGGGGCCGGGCAUGCGGCCGGCGGCGGCGGAGCCGAGCCCCCAGCGCAGCACGAAAAUGCCAGAAGCCUCAGAAGAUCAUAAUCAUUGGAAGGCCUGUUGACUUCUGUUUUUUGAUAAUCUGGAACACCAUCAGUCUGGCAUGGCGCAGGGUAGUCAACAACUCGAUGUGCAGGUACUCCAUGAUCUCCGACAGCGUUUCCCUGAGAUACCUGAAGGGGUGGUAUCUCAGUGCAUGCUUCAGAACAACAACAAUCUAGAUGCCUGUUGUCGAGCCCUCGCACAGGAGAGCAACAAAUACUUAUAUAUGGAGUACCAUAGUCCUGAUGACACCAGAAUGAAUAGAAAUAGCCUUUUGCACAUUAAUCUGGGUAUUCAUCCUCAUACCAGCUAUCAUGCAGGGGAUGGAGCUCAACUUAAUGGUGGUCGUACACUGGUACAUAGUUCAAGUGAUGGACAUAUUGAUCCACAACGCACAGCAGGUAAACAACUGAUAUGCUUAGUUCAAGAACCACAUUCUGCUCCCGCUGUUGUGGCAGCUUCUCCUAAUUACAAUCCAUUUUUCAUGAAUGACCAGAAUAGAAAUGCAGCUACUCCUCCUCCACAGCCACCUCCACAGCCAUCUUCCAUACAACCAGGAAUGAACACGUCUGCUAUGCAAGGCCCUCCUCCCACGUAUAUGCACAUACCUCGGUACAGUACAAAUCCCAUUACUGUUACAGUAUCACAAAACCUCCCAUCUGGACAGAGUGUACCCAGAGCUCUACAAAUUCUUCCACAGAUUCCAAGCAAUCUUUAUGGGACUCCUGGCUCUAUUUAUAUUAGACAAACAUCUCAAAGUUCUUCAGGACGACAGACUCCUCAGAAUACACAGUGGCAUUCGUCACCACAGGGCCCAGUUCCACAUUAUACUCCCCGUCCUUUACCUGUGUAUCCACAUCAACAGAACUACCAACCUUCUCAGUAUUCUCCUAAACAACCCCAGAUCCCUCAGACAGCUUUUCGAUCACCACCGGCAUCCCAGUGUCCCUCUCCCUUCGGCUCUCCUCAGCACCAAGUUCAGCCUCCUCAGCUGGGUCAUCAGAGUUCACAUGUCUUCAUGCCUCCUAGUCCUUCAACUGUCCCACCUCAUCCAUAUCAGCAAGCAUCCCAGACUUUUCAAAAACAAAGCGGUCACUCCGUGUCAUAUCUGCCUCCUUUUGCUGGACCUAGUUUAUCCAAAGGUUCCAUGAACAAAAUAGAAAUUACAGUUGAGCCACCGCAAAGGCCUGGGACUGCAAUGAACAGAAGUCCUUCACCAAUAAGUAAUCAACCAUCUCAACGAAACCAGCACCCACUGUAUACAGCCACUACUCCUCCUACAAGCUCUCCAUCAAGAGGUAUGUCAGGUCAACCCAAACCUCCAUUUAGUGUUAAUCCAGUAUAUAUUACCUACACUCAACCAACUGGACCUACAGGUGCACCAACACAGUCUCCUCGGGUAAUGGUAUCUCAGCCAAACCCAACUAUUUUUAAAAUCACAGUAGGUCGAGCACCGACUGAGAAUCUUUUAAAUUUAGUGGACCAAGAAGAGCGUACUGCAGCACCAGAACCCAUUCAGCCUAUUUCUGUAAUCCCAGGAUCUGGAGGAGAAAAAGGAAGCCAUAAAUAUCAGAGAAGUUCUAGUUCUGGAUCAGAUGACUAUGCUUACACUCAAGCCUUGCUUUUACAUCAGCGAGCAAGGAUGGAGAGAUUAGCAAAGGAACUGAAGCUUGAGAAAGAAGAACUUGAACGCCUGAAAGCUGAAGUCAAUGGCAUGGAGCAUGAUCUAAUGCAGAGACGGCUUCGAAGAGUCAGCUGUACAACUGCAAUUCCAACACCUGAGGAAAUGACCAAAUUAAGAAGCCUCAACAGACAGCUCCAGAUAAAUGUUGACUGUACACUGAAAGAAGUUGACCUCCUUCAGUCUAGAGGGAACUUUGAUCCGAAAGCCACAUGUAACUUCUACGAUAACAUAGAGCCUGGUCCUGUUGUGCCACCAAAGCCAUAUAAAAAGGAGCAUCCAAACAAUUCCAAACAGGCUUCACGGACUGAGCCAAGAGAUGAAGACUUUGAAGGGGCUCCAUGGAAUUGUGAUAGCUGCACCUUUCUAAAUCACCCAGCACUAAAUCGCUGUGAGCAGUGUGAAAUGCCACGAUACACCUGAAAAUCUGGAAGGGGCUGCAUUGGGUUGAAAACAGGCUCUCAAGCCGACAGCUGUAGGAGAAGGAAACAUGGGGAACCUUUCAGUCCAUCUGCCCGGCCUUUGCCAAUCUACAAUCUUCAUAAUGCAAGGGGUGGGAGAAAUGUGUUAAGAUGUUUCUGCUUGUACCACAGUAAAAAGAAAUAAGGGUGAAAUUCUUUCUUAUCCUAUUACAGUGAACAAAGCAGAAAACAAAAGCUGAAAAUGUAAAAGGAUUAAUUUCAGGAAGAAUGUAUGCAGGAAAGCAAAUAACUACUGGUGUUUAGUCCUGUGGUUAUAGUUACUUCUUAGUGGCUCUUUAAAAAAAUUUUUUUGAAGUUGUAGGACUUCUAGUAAUGGUGUGAAAUGUUACACUUAACCUGAAAACUGAAGAGCCAGAGCUGAUUUAACCUGGCCACAGCUAGCUGGAAAACAAAGGCUCCCUGUGCUUCUAGAUUGUAAGCUACUGAAAAAUAAGACAGAUAAAUGCAACCACAAAUUUGCAAAGUGUACAAAAAAAAAAAAAAAAAAAAAAGAAGGGUAUUUGUAAUUGCUGCUUUUUUCAGGGUAAUUUAUGUCUACAAAAAAUUGCUGUUUGAAAUAGUGACCUAAGGUGACUAAAUGAGAUACUGUAUGAGUGUUACAGAGAGUUUAAUCAGAGGUAAAUUUUUACAAUCCCUUUUGCUUGUACAGUGCUCACCUGGCUGUGUCAACACUGGUAAUAAACUAAGAAUGGAUUCUACCAUAUUAUGGAUGAAAAUACUACUGCAUGCUUUCAUUAGGCCAUCGUGUUUUAAAGCUAAAAGUAUGCUUUUAUAUGCAACAAUUUUCUAAGACUGUGCUGUAGCAGCACAGUGAUAUAUGCCAAAUGCAGACUACUACAAAUUCAGUUUGGAAGACUUGAGUUCAGCCAUGAUUAUGUAUGAGAAGUGUUUGUACCCAGUUCCUUAGGCCUUUUCAGCUUCCAAUUUGUGGAGAAUUCAUGAUGUUUACAGCACAGAAGGUACUUUGUGCCCCAGUUCAAAGUUAGCUGAAAAAUAAUUAAUCAGUUAGCUCUUCAGUAAAGGUUUAUUUGCACAUUGUUAAUAAACCAGCCUGUAUAAAUUAGCAGAUGGCAGAUCUUGAAAAAAAUAUACACUGCAUUCUUUUUAUUUUGAUCAGGAAAUAUUUGCCGUAGGUUGAAGAACACAAGACUUGCAACUGAAAUCAUACUGGUACUUUUAUGCAUAUGAUAUACUGUAUUAUAAAGGUGAUGUUCAAUUUGAAUGCUUCAGGUUGCUGUAAUAAAGCACUCAUUAUUUGUGAAAUUGAACUUGGGUUUGGGCAGCUGAAUGACUGUGUUACAAAACUGCGACUGAAUAGGAUGUUUUGUGUACUGGUCAGAAGCUGAUACAGUGCAUUCGAGUUUUUAUGGUGCAACUUUUUCAGGAGUCAGAUGCAACCAAGCACGUCAGCUGAGUUGUGGUAAUUGACUUUACAACUGUGAGGCAAAACGUGCUACCUAAACCUUAACAGGAGAGAUUCAAACUAUUUUGUUGUAAGUUGUUCUUAGCUCAUGGCAACCGCAUCCAUAUGGUCAGUUACCACAAUUCACUUGAUGCCUGAUAACUUGUUGAGCUGUGGUAGAACAAUCAUGUGUCUGAAUCCUUGUGUAAAAUCAAGCAGCAUUUUUAAGGGGUGGGUGGAGGAAAACUUGACUGCAUUGCUGAAUCUGGUGUCUUCUCUCCCUGCAGUUUAUAAAGAUAACAGUAAAAAAUAAACUGUGGUCUUAGAUGAGGAACCAGUAUUUGAUCUGGCAUUUUUCAAUACAUUCUUGCACUAAUUAAAUCUUCAACAUAAUUUUAAAUAAGCUAAGAGAUCUCCAGCAAUCAUCCACAGAUGAGCAAAGCAAAGUCAAAGGCAUCAGAGGUAGUUUUUCUUGCUUCUGUAUUAUGUGAAGAGCUCAUCACAUCUGGAGAGGGGAAAAAAAUCACUGUCCAAAUAAAAUAAAUAAUAUUUUUACUUAUGUAAGUGGACACAUCAACAAAACUGCAAUAACUAGAAAACAGAUGAGCAGAAGCGUUCUACCUAGGAUAAGCAGUACCAUAGCUUUUACUGGCUUUAUAAUGAAUGACUCAAAACAAAACAAUACCAGUAACUUCAUGACUUCUCUAUCAUGAUGCCUUUGUCUUUGUAGUAUUUCAGUUUUCUAUUCAUUGCACUUCUGUAGAAGUUCUAGAAAGAAGCAUUUGUUUUUGCUGGAAUUCCAAAAUGACGGAAACUAUCAUGGCACUCAGCAAAUGAGAGUAGGUGUGUUGUGUGUCAUUACUGUUGUGUCACUUGCUGACAGAAUAGAUGCUCCUUUUGAAUAAAAAUUAAAAUGCAUGCAGUCCAAUCAUGCCCUGAGCUGUAAUAACCACAAGUGCAUGGUUUCUGGAGUUAUGGAGACCUGCUAGUCUUAGUCAUAGCUUCAACAGAGGAAGAAAAAGAAGGCUGCCUUGACACCCAGAUACUUUUUGAAAGACCAAGUGAGUGCCAUUAAAUUGCAAAUUAAUUCCUUUGUACCAAUAAUUUUAGUCCAGUUUCUCACUUACUCUCAUUUGUUGUUUGUACAAAAAACAAAGCAACAACGCCACAGAAAAACCUUCCAUUGUACCUUUAUUUGUAAAUGCUCAUGCACAGACAUUAAUAGUAAAAACUUUACAUGGUGCUUGAAUAUUUUUCGUUUCUUAGAAUGUAAAUUGUAUUUUGAAUGAUGAUUCAUUUUCCUUCUGAAAGCAGGUGACGCUGUUCACACCCCAACUGAAUUGUAGAUUAUGCCAAAAAAGAUUGGUUUGUGUAAUAUUUAUUGAAUGCACAUAAAACCCUAAUGUCAGCUGGCAUAUAAAAAUGCACUGUAUUGUAUAAAACUUUUGUGUGUGUAUGUGUGAAUGGUGGGAUGCUGAUGCCAUUGUGUUGAGUUAAUGCACUACUUGUGUUUUCUUUUUUCCUUAAUAAUUGAGCUCUCCCUCAACCAUGCUACUAGAUUGGUAGAAUUUGUAACUGACUUGGACAUUCAAAUAUUCAAAAUUAUUUCACUGUUCAUUGAAAUUUUAUAAAGCUUAUUUUAUAUCUGCUGUGCUAUUAAGAUAAAUUCCCUUUAAUUAUAGAAUACUUCUGUAGUUCUUUAAAAGUUUAUUUAGAGUGGGGCUUGUGGAAGAUGAUUCAGAGUACAGUAAACCAAAAGAAAUCCUGAACUUUGGAUCUACGUUUAAUUUGAUGUAAUUAUUAGUCUUGUUUGGGUGAAGAGGAAAGGGAUGGGAAGUCAAGCAAAAGGAAUUACUAUGUAAAAUGUAGUCAUAGAUCAGAUUGAAUUGUGUAUCUGUGUGUCUGUGGUAUGUGUGUGUUUCCCUUGAAAACUGGGAGGUGUGGUGAAAAGGUGUAAUAAUUCUUAAAAGAGCUGGUCUCAGUACUUUCUGAUUAUGAUAUGCUACUAAAUCACAUUUUUAAAAAUACCCUCUCUUUCAGUUACUUUCUCUCUCCCAGUUAUACAUCUCUCAUUUCAAUUUCUAAAUACUUUCACAUUUUAUAUUGAUUGUAAACCCCCUUGAAACUGAAAUAAAAAUACUUGAGUUGAAAUGGGGACAAGUCAAAACGAAAACAAAAGAAUGUUUUAAAAAGAAUGUGAGAAAAUUAAAUAUGUUAAAAACCAGCUUGUCAUCAGGAUUAUAUUUUAAAAUUCCAUGAUAUACCCUAGAAUGUGAAAAGGACUAUCCUGGCAAGAAGUGGACAGUUGGACAUAAACAAUUCAUCAGCUUCUUUGGCACAACAGAACUCGUGUGCUCUAUACUACAGUGACUCUCCAUCCCGUAAAGAAAGAGGACAUGCACAAUAACACAUCCCAUAGUCAGUACUGUCUCUAUGUGCUGCUGCGUUUGUUUCAUUUUGAAAUGUCAGCAUUAUUUUGAAGCUGGCCAUGACUGAGUUUUGCCAGAUUUCUUCAGUUUGGGGCUUUCAUUGCUGUUUAUGUCCAUAAAUAUUAAUGCGACUAUUUUUCUUGGUUUUGAGUAAUCAGAAGUCAAUGGAGUUCAUGCAAUAUUAUAAUCCUGGAUUUUCAGUACUUUUGAAAAAGAUUUUAAAAAACUGUGUUCUUGAAAUUUAUUUAUUUAUGGUGGCACCAAUGUAUCUAAUCUGUAUUUCCUGCUGUGUGAAACCCUGUUAAAUUUUUUCAUUAAAACAAGAAGACACGAUCUUGUUUAAUCCUGUAUAUAUGGUGUCUACAUUCUAGAUUUGUGUAUGCUGUGAAUGAACUUACUACUAAGAGAUGAAAUUGUAUAAAGGCAUUCAGAGGCUAUGCAUGCAUGGUACCUCCAGAAAGUGCAUACUCCGAGUUGCAGAUUCCUGCAAAAUAAAUUAAUAAAACUAAGCAAACAUCA